AUGAACGUUGAGGACGAUGGAAUAGCUGUGGACCCGCCUACGUUGGAGGACGUGGAAAAAGCCGUAAAGGAGCUCAAGAACGCGAAAUCCGCGGGAACGGACGGACUUCCGGCCGAACUUUUCAAGCACGAGAGCGCGGAUGAUCGAGAUUCUGCACCAAAUCGUCCAGCGAAUUUGGUGCGAAGAACAGCUUCCGACCGACUGGUUAGACGGGCUCACACCCCAAUCUACAAGAAAGGGCAAAAACUCGAUUGUGCCAACUUUCGAGGCAUCACAAUCCUCAACUCAGCCUACAAAGUACUAUCCCGAAUCCUGUGGAGCAAGCUGAGACCGUUGACCGAGACCUUUGUCGGCGAAUACCAGUGCGGUUUUCGAGCGGGUCGGUCAACGACGGACCAGAUGUUCACUCUGCGACAAAUCCUCGACAAGUUCCGGGAGUACAACCUGCAAACACACCAUUUGUUCAUCGAUUUCAAAGCGGCGUACGAUUCAGCCAAAAGAAACGAACUUUGGAAAAUUAUACUAGAACACGGCUUUCCGGCGAAGCUAAUAAGACUGAUUCGUGCAACGCUCGACGGAGCAAAAUCAAGCGUGCGAAUAGCUAACGAGACAUCUGCAGCUUUCGUUACGUUGGAUGGAUUGAAGCAGGGCGAUGCUCUCUCGAACUUACUGUUCAUCAUAGUGCUGCUCGAAGGGCAGUCGUGCAUAGAAAUGGAACACUCAUCACUAAAUCUGGAGGAGGCGUUCGUCCCUUUCAAGCGGGAAGCUGCGAAGAUCGGACUGACCAUCAACACUGCCAAGACCAAGUAUCUGGUUGCUGACAAAGCGCGUGGCAGUGAAGGUGAUGGUGUUUCGGAGGUGGAAAUAGAUGGAGAAAGAUAUGAGGUGGUGGAUGAACAAAGUGAAAAAGCUAUCAAGAUACCGAUUUUGUUGGUAACAACAUAUUUCAGACAACUGAGUUUUAUAGCUGACCGAGAAAAUCGAGGAGUUUGUGAAAGUAAAGCUUCUAAUGGAUCAUUUUUAACAAAAUAUUUGGAUGGGUCGUGGAAACCACCAGAUACAAUACCAAAAAUUGAGAGUGGAAAAAAUCCGACCGAAUUACCCAGUCUCGACAUAGGCGAUUAUCAAGCAUUUGCAGAUCCAAUAACAGCUGCUUAUACAGGACCAAAUGAAGGUUUAAACGGUGUUCGUAGAGCCCGUUCGUACUUAAGUGCAGGGCCAGAAAUCGACUUUAUAGAUACACAAGAUACUCCAGAUAAAACAUGUUUACCCGGAAUUCUCGUUCACGCGCAAAGGAAAGACCUAAAUGUAGAUAAAAAUGCAAACAAUAGAGCACAUUCUUCAAAGAAAAUCGUAUCAGUACAUACUCUAUCAGAAACAUGCAAAGACGUUAAACCUUCCGAUAAAAAAUGUCAAAAUGGAUUGAAGAAAAAGAAUGAUCUAGAUAACAAAAAUACAGUCCUUACUGCAUCUAACGAAAUCGCAGACCCAGUUGCUAACAUUCAAAACUGGAAUAAACCUAAUGACGAUGCGUAUGGAAUAUCGAUAUCUCUAUAUGAGAAAAAUUGCAUUAGUGGCGAACACACCGGAGAUCCAAUUGCCGACUGCUUUGGCAUCAUUGCUAGAGAAAAUUCUUCUAUAAUGGCUCUAGCUGAUGGAGUUAAUUGGGGUAACGGUGCACGUGUGGCUGCUCAAUGCGCUGUUCAGGGCUCUAUUGAUUAUUUGAACUCCGCGAUAUUUGGAACACAGCAUUCAACUACCACAACAGGUGUAUUCAUUAGUCUCGUACGCAGUUUUUGGGAAGCUCAUGCCUACAUAAUGGAAAUGAAUGGAGCAUUGACUACUCUAACAGUUAUCGUUAUUCUGCCAUUGUCCAAACACAACAACAAAAAGGCGGUAUUUUGUGCUAAUGUUGGAGACUCUUUUGGAUACGUAUAUUCCAAAAUAAAUGGUGUUAGAGAAAUUACCGAAGGAGUCCGAAGGCUUGAAUGGGGAGAGCACCCAAACCUCUUUCUACUCCAAGGAACCUUCCACCCCAGUGUUUGAACUGAUGACCUUUGGAUUGCGAGUCCAACCGCCGCCAGCGAUUCCACCGGAGUAGGCUUGGUUUGGUGUGUUGUUUGUACUUAUGGCAUGGAGACGA